AUGGCAAAAGAACGAAACUACAACCCAGUUCAAGCUCAGCGCAAAGCUGAUAAGGUCAAGGCUAUCAAAAAAGGCAAGGCCGAACAGCAAGGACGACGCAACGAAAAGCUCGCGCGAAAGAACCCCGACCGCAUCCAGAAACAGAUUGACGACCUAAAAAAGAUUACAUCGAGUGGCGGCAAGCUUACACGUCAUGAGGAGCAGGUGCUGGAAGGGCUCGAGAAGGAGAUUCGAGCUGUGAGGAAGGCAAGAGACACAUUGGGCGACAAUGCGCCUACGUUUGGACGAGGAUUCAACAGAGAUCGUGACUCGGGAGCUGGAGUACUUGGAAAGAGGCGGAGAGGGUCCAACGAUGCUACUACCAGCGACGAAGAGGUUCCCGACGACAUAAAGAGUAUUCCCAUGCCUCGAGAUACACCGCCCCCUAUCCCCAAGGAUGUCAUGGAUAAAUGGUGGGCGGAGCGACGCGCACGAAGAGCUGCAGAGAACCCAAGACAAGACGAAGGAGACAGACCGCCGAAGAAGGAGGCGCCUCCUGUCGAGGCCAAGACGGUAUACGAGGCAAAGCCAAUUGUGCGCGAUCUCAGGAAAGAAGCAGUUUCGGCAUUCGUGCCUACAGCAGUCAAGUUGAAGAUGAGCAAGGGACAAGGUCAAGGCGGUUUGAUGGAGCCGGAAGAGGCAGACCGGCUGGAGAAGGAAGGUUACCUCAAAACGGGCGACAACGAUGCAUCUCGGCAAGCAGAACGAGGCCCGCCAUCAAGGCAUGUGACCAUGGAGGAGGUGGAGGAUGAGGAGGCUUGA